GGUAGCGGAGAGGCCACCUAUGCGCACGCGCGCUGAGCCCGCCUCGGUCAGCCGGAUCAAUCUCGCGAGAAGAGCCACCCUAGGACGGAAAGAUGGCGCCUCCCAGUCCCCGGGAGCAUCAGGCCGCGGCGGCCACCAGCGCUACCAAGCCUGACGAGGAGAUGGUGCUGCCUGGCUUCCCCGACGCAGACAGCUUCGUAAAAUUUGCCCUUGGGUCAGUAGUGGCGGUGACCAAGGCAUCUGGGGGCCUGCCACAGUUUGGCGACGAGUAUGACUUUUACCGAAGUUUUCCCGCCUUCCAGGCGUUUUGUGAAACCCAAGGAGACAGGUUGCUUCAGUGCAUGAGUAGGGUAAUGCAGUACCAUGGGUGUCGCAGCAACAUUAAGGAUCGCAGGACCGUGACUGAAUUGGAGGACAAGUUCGAUUUACUGGUUGAUGCCAACGAUGUGAUUUUGGAGAGAGUGGGUAUAUUACUGGAUGAAGCAUCAGGUGUGAAUAAGCACCAACAGCCCGUCCUCCCUGCAGGACUGCAGGUCCCCAAAACAAUAGUGUCUAGCUGGAACCGGAAGGCAGGAGAAUAUGGGAAAAAAGCAAAAUCUGAGACUUUCCGACUGCUGCAUGCAAAAAACAUCCUCCGACCUCAGCUCAGAUUUCGGGAGAAGAUUGAUAAUUCCAACACUCCCUUUCUUCCCAAAAUCUUUGUCAAGCCCAAUGCUCGGAAGCCCCUCCCUCAGGCUCUCUCAAAAGAAAGGCGGGAACGUCCACAGGAUCGUCCUGAGGACCUGGACGUGCCCCCUGCCCUGGCAGAUUUCAUCCAUCAGCAGAGGACCCAGCAGGUUGAACAGGACAUGUUUGCACAUCCUUAUCAGUAUGAACUCGAUCACUUCACUCCACCUGAGUCAGUGCUUCAGAAGCCGCAGCCACAGUUGUACAGACCUGUGGAAGAGACACCCUGCCACUUCGUAUCCUCCCUGGACCAACUCGUGGAGCUCAACGAGAAGCUCCUGGGUUGUCAGGAGUUUGCAGUGGAUCUAGAGCAUCACUCAUACAGAAGCUUCCUAGGAUUGACCUGCCUGAUGCAAAUUUCCACCCGGACAGAAGACUUCAUCAUUGACACCCUAGAGCUUCGAAGUGACAUGUACAUUCUCAAUGAGAGCCUCACAGACCCGGCCAUCGUUAAGGUCUUCCAUGGUGCUGACUCUGACAUAGAGUGGCUACAGAAAGACUUCGGGCUCUAUGUGGUGAACAUGUUUGACACACACCAGGCAGCACGGCUUCUCAACCUGGCUCGUCACUCACUUGACCAUCUGCUGAGACUGUACUGUGGUGUGGAGUCAAACAAGCAGUAUCAGCUGGCAGAUUGGAGGAUACGCCCUCUGCCAGAGGAAAUGCUGACCUACGCCCGGGAUGACACCCAUUACCUGCUUUACAUCUAUGACCGCAUGAGGCUGGAGCUUUGGGAGAGAGGCAACGACCAGCCUGUCCAGUUGCAGGUGGUGUGGCAGCGGAGCAGGGACAUAUGCCUCAAGAAAUUUGUCAAGCCUGUCUUUACGGACGAGUCCUACCUUGAGCUGUAUCGAAAGCAGAAAAAGCAUUUGAACUCACAGCAGCUGGCAGCCUUUCAGCUGCUGUUUUCCUGGAGGGAUAAAACAGCCCGCAGGGAGGAUGAGAGCUACGGAUAUGUUCUACCCAAUCACAUGAUGCUAAAGAUAGCCGAGGAACUGCCUAAGGAACCUCAAGGCAUCAUAGCUUGCUGCAACCCAGUCCCACCUCUUGUUCGGCAGCAGAUCAAUGAGAUGCAUCUCUUAAUCCAGCAGGCUCGAGAGAUGCCUCUGCUCAAGUCUGAAACUGCAGCUGGAGUGAAGAAGAGCGGACCACUGCCUAGCGCCGAGAGAUUGGAGAAUGAGCUCUUUGGACCCCAUGACUGUUCCCACGCCCCUCCAGAUAACUACUCGAUCACCCCAACUGAUGGGUCUGUGCCACUUCAGAAACAGCCAAGCCUCUUUGCUGAGGGCGAAGAAAAGACCUCUGUGGAUGCCAGAUGCCUUCUUGCUACAGCCAUCAUCACUAUCUUUAGUGAACCUAGUGCUGAGGAAAAUGGAAAGACUCCAUUGACGGUGGCACAGAAAAAAGCCCAGAACAUAAUGGAGUCCUUUGAAAACCCAUUUAGAAUGUUCCUGCCUUCUCUGGAACACAAGGCCCACAUUUCUCAAGCAGCAAAGUUUGAUCCUUCUUCAAAAAUCUAUGAAAUCAGCAACCGCUGGAAGCUGGCCAGCCAGGUCCAGAAAGAACCUAAAGAAGCAACCACGAAAAAGGCUGCUGAGCAAACAGCUGCCCGGAAACAGGCAAAGGAGGAGUCUGAGGCUGCUGCGCUGGAACAGGCCAUCCCGGUGCGGCAACAGGCCGCACUAGAAAAUGCCACUAAGAAGAGAGAGAGAGCCACAAGUGACCUAAGGACCACAGAACAAAAGCAGGAGAAGAAACGGUUGAAAAGCUCCAAGAAACCCAAGGAUCCAGACCCCCCAGGAAAGGAUUUCACACCUUACGACUACAACCAGUCAGACUUCAGGGCCUUUGCUGGGGACAGCAAAUCCAAGCCCUCCUCCCAGUUUGACCCAAAUAAGCCGGCACCUUCUGGCAAGAAAUGUGUUACAGCCAAGAAAUAUAAACAGUCGAUGGGGAACAAAAGCAUGUCGUUUCUGGCUGGGAAGUCAGACAGAGGCUUCCGGCACAACUGGCCAAAGAGAUAGUGUUGGAGAGAUUCCUGGGGCUGCAGGCAGUGUUACUUUGUACAAACCCAUUUUAAUUUUAGAAUCAUUAAAAUCCAUUCCUACUGAUAGAAUGCUGGCUCUGGCUUUUUUGGUUUGGCUUGGCUUGGCUUGGCUUGGUUUGGUUUACUUUCAUUUCAACCCAGCUCUGGCAUAAAGAAUAGUGUCACCCUGUUCAGAGACUGGGAGAGGAGCAUACCCAAAUAGGGUGCAAACCCAAGGCUAUGCACAAAGGAGUGCUACCCAGGUGGUGGGCCCUCUCUGCAACUGGGAGGCUCUGAGCUGCUGGUGGCUGGUGUGGCCAUGGGGCAGCUCUGCCUCAGCUACUUAGGAAGUACUAUUGGGAGGGCCAACUGUGCCUCUCCUUUAGCUUUUGACUUGGGUGGCAGGGGUAGUGGAAGUCUGGGGCAUGGUCUCACUCUGUCAUCCAGUCAUGGCUAGCAUAAAACUUACAGUCCUGCCUCCUUCUCCGAGUGCUGGGCUCACAAGUGUCUGCCACUACGUCUAGCAGUACUGUUUCUUUCUUCUCUCUAAGGCAGGGUGUCACUUUGUAGCCCAGGCUAGCUUCAAACUCACCGGCUACCCUUGUGCCUCAGCCUUUAGACACAGUGAUGGCAGGCGUGUGCCACCACAGCCAGGUCUCAUCAGGCUGGGGUUUAACUUAGGGUCUCACACUGCUAGGCAAGUGGCCCACACUGAGGAAUAUCCCUAGAUCUUUAACAUUAUCUUGGUUUUUUUUAACACUAUUUAUUUAUUAUGUGUCUGCACAGUCUAGUA